AACGAGGCUGAUUGUCGUCCAUGGGGGUCGAGGGCAAUAAAUGGUGCCAAACCCCGGGAAUGCAUAAAGGAUUCUUGCAAGCCACGACGCUGAUGAUGAUGAGGAUGAUCGUGGGGAUAAUGCUCCUCCUGCGGCAGACGCAAGCUAGAGCACUGUGGGCGGUGGUGAAAGCUUGGCCAUAUCCUUCACCGGUUACUGACUCCUCUCUUCGGUUCCCUCCUUUCUUUACUACCAACUCAACUAUAGGGCUACCUACUAUUCAUUUAACCAAUGAUAUUGCUAAGGCGUCUAAGAUCACUAUCCCCUUGUCGGGCACCCUCUGCUUUUCGCUAUACCUCAAUACAUCUGCAGAACUCCGCCCAGACUGUAUCCUCCUUAGCAAUCAGACCUUGGGACAGUUUCAACCUUUUAACCAUACUUCAGAUAAAGGCAAUGUUACUGUGGUCCAAGGCCUAGCCCCUGUAAAACCUCCUAAUGCCUUAGGGCCUUAUCAACCUAUUAAGCUGCCUAGAUGUACAUCGAAAAGGACAUGGCCGCCAGAAUGGUCCGGCUGCCAGAGCACCUUACGAUCAGUAUAUGUCAACUGUAAGCAUAGCCUUACCUUCACUCCACAUUUCCCUACUAUUAAGAAUUCAACCUUUCCUGGGUGUAAUUAAAUUAUUCCUAUCAAAAUCCUACGCUGGGCAACCCCUCAUCCCCUUUUGAUGCAUGGCUACUUUGUAACCUGUUUGGAGCGUGUACGGACAUCUCCGGAAAAUUCCUCAACUGUUCUUAUGAACAAAAUAAUACGGCAUCCUUUGAGAAUACAGUUAAAGUAAAUUGCCAUAAUAAUGCUACUGAUAAAAUAUAUCAACCCACGCCUGUAUGCAUGUCUCCACCCUUCCUCUUUCUUUUAACUAAUGAUAGUAUACAUACAGAAAACUUAAAUUGCACAGACAAUUGUUAUCUUUCCCAGUGCUGGAACGUUACAGCCUUUUCACUAGCUGUGGUAAUGCACAUUCCUACCUAUGUUCCCAUCCCAGUUUCCAUUCCAGAAGACAAGCUACCGGUGGUGCUAUCCAGGAAGAAGAGGGAUUUUGGAAUUACAGCCGCCAUCGUGGCAGCUGUGGCCGUUUUAACUGCAGCUGCUACUGCAGAAGCGGUAAACACCCUUGCAGAAGGAACAGUAGCAGCCCUUCGAACACAGACUCAGCUCAAUGCACAUUUGCAAGCCAGUAUCCUGAUAAUCAACCAGAGAGUGGACUUAAUACAAGAACAAUUGGACCUAUUGGGAGAAAUAAUGGGAUUGGGAUGUAUAGCACCUUUUUCGGCAAUCUGUUACUCCUAUAACUUACAAGAACACUAGCAAGAUACGAAAUGCCUCCCAACGGCUCUCCCAGUACUUGCAGGGAAAUUGGUCUGCAGAGUUCCAAAGUUACACCCAACAUCUGUUGAUAUAAAUAACCAGGAUUAAUAAUACCAGAGUAGAUAUUGUAAUUCUCCCAGAAAUGCUCAAAAUCCUAAAAGAAGCAUUCACCUUUGCAAAAGAAUGGACCAGCCUAUUCGGUGUUGUACUACUCCUCUUAGUAGGCAUAAUUCUGCUAGCAAGAAAAAUGCUUGCUUGGAGGCAACAGCAACAGGAACAACAAUGCGUAAUAGUGCAAGCCUUGGCAGCUCUCGAGACAGGCACUUCUGCCCAAGUAUGGCUGAGCAUGCUGGAUCGGUAGUCAAGGACGGGUAAGAUUGGUGGGGGAAAUAUACCAACCUAAGACAGGACACAGAUCAUUGAUAUCUGUUGUCUGAUGACGGGUAAGGGUAUUUCCCGCUACUGACAACCUAAGGCAGGCACGAUCCCCGCCAUAAUAGAAAAAAGGGGGAGAUGUUGGAGGCAGGCCCCUGGCCAGGGUGGCCUCCGCCACUAAAAGAUGGCGCCUGGCGAGCUGCCAAGAAAAGUUGCCUCAUAAGACUAAGCAGAACGCUCUAAGAGGAAGCGUAUAGCAUUGGUUGCUGGCUCAGUCAUCUUGCUUAGGCUCCCCCUGUGAUUUGCCCCCUUCUGUACCCUAUGCGCUCAUUGGCUGUGUGAGGAUAUAUAAGCAAGUCGCUGGAAAAAUAAAAAAAGA